UCACAAAUUUAGUAGAAUUGUUUGAAGUGGGGAUACUUCUAUAUAACCAGAACUUUCUGAAUGCUAGGUCAUUAUCAAUCAACAUUUCUGGAAAUAAUGGUUGUAUAAAAUUUUGUACUUUAUUAGAUUUGUUCUUGAGUAAAUUUGUUUCCAAAGGUUAACUUCAAUGAAUAAUAUAAGUAAAUAACUUAUGUGUGCAAAGGUGCAGUAUUAGUUAACAAAAUGUCUUCAAAUUAAAACAUUUCUUCUGGAUUUGUGUAUGCGUAUAGUAUUCCUGUAAAAUGAAUAAAAAACGCAAACAACAUCACAACAGUAGUUCCAAUGCAGGAUCUUCCACUAAUUCUUCACAGGAAUCUAUUUCAGAUAAAAUUUGUUCACAUUUGAAGAAGUCUUAUAAUAUAAAUAAUAUUAGAAAAAAUGCUAAAAAGAAUGGUAUUAAGAAUGAAUGUGUGGUUUGUGAAAAGGAACAAGUUACGCAGAAACAAUCUGUUGAAAAAGAUGAGACUUCACAAGAACAAUCUGUUGAGAAAGAUAAUACUUCACAGGAACAAUUUAUUGUAAACGAUAUUUUGCAAGAUCAAACAAACGAGACCGUUGAACCAGAUCAGGAAAUUUGGGUAUGUCUACUCUGUGGUGAGCAAAAUUGUGGAUCCAAAAAUAAGGAUCAUGCUCAACAGCAUUACAAAAAUAACAUGCAACCUCAUCAUAUCGCGAUAAGUAUUAAGGAUUGGACUAUCUGGUGCUAUGAAUGUUCAAUGGAACUUAUUCUCAAUAAUAAAAGAAAACUAGAGCUUGUAAGGUUAAUUGCAAACGAAUUUUCAACGGCAACUCAGCCAUUAAAAAUGACGAAUGCAUUUAGGAGGAAACCAACAAUAGCGUUAGCAAAUAAUAUAAAUAAGAUAAACGGUGUAUCGAGCAUAGCAAACUUAAAAGAUGUAAAAGGCACGAUAAGCGUAACAAUAAAUAACUUUCCUAAAGUUAUGGGCUUAAAAAAUUUAGGAAAUACCUGCUUUCUUAAUUCUGUUAUCCAAUGCUUAGCACAAACACCAUAUUUGGUUAAGGUAUUGGAAAAUUUAUGCACUACAGGAGAAAAAGUUGUGAUACCAGGAGGAACAUUCAAACCUAGUCCUAAUUCUGAAGAAAUAGAAUUGCCGCCUAUUAAAUCAGAAUUGGAAAGAGUGGGACAAUUUACUUCAGUUCUGUACAAACUUUUGAAAGAUAUGCAAAAUUGCAAAAUCCAACAAUCUUUCAGUCCAACAGAAUUAAUAGAUGUAUUGAAAAAGAAAUCUAUGCAAUGCAUGGACGGUGGGCAACAUGACGUGCAUGAAUUUCUCAGACAUUUGUUAGACGUAGUACGCAAUGAAGAUUUAAAAAGAUAUCAAGCGAUAAUUAUAAAAGAAUUAAACGUACGAAAUAAAUCACAGGAAACUGUAGAUAAUAUCGUCAAAGCUAAGGUCAAGUUUUAUGGUAGCCAAAUAAAUAAAAAAUUACUUGGUCCUGAACCAGUAUUCAGGGGAACUUUAGUUUCGACAUUAAAAUGUUUGAAAUGUACAUAUUCAUCCCAAUGUACUGAACCAUUUUUAGAUCUUAGUUUACCGGUUAUGGCCGAUAAACCACAACCUCCUGCUUUUAAAAGGAAAAAUAAUUUAUUCGAGGAGACCUAUGAUAUGAAAGGAAACAGUUAUCCAAGCACUGUUAGCAAUUUAUCGAAACAUCAGCAGAAAAAAGAAAAGAAAGCUGCUAGGAAAAAUCGUAAAAACAGAAAUAUUUCCGUCGACCAUUAUUACGAGGAUAUGCUAGCGAAACCAAUUAAAAUUAUAGAAGAGAACGGUGUAUUAGAAUCUGAUGAGAGUGAUGCAGACAUAGAAGAUAAUAUUGAAGGAGAGGGUACACUUAGAGAAGUUGGAGAAUCCGGAUAUAGUUCAGAAAAGGCUUCGACUUUUUCUAGUCCUGUAUCUCCUACCAAUUAUCAAAUUAAUAAUAAUCAAAGAGCAACUACACCUGACAAUCUGAGUGUACUUGUAGAGAAGAGUCCAGAUUAUAAAUCAAUAGAUAAUUUGGAAACGUCUCUAUAUCGCAAUACUGUUGACGACAGUGCCUUAAACGAUUCAAUUUUUCCAUCAAUGAAUGACAUAUUGCCAUUACUUGCAUCGGAUUCUGAUAGACACAGUUCGGAUAGUAAUACAAAUCACAAUAAUCAGGAGUUAACAGCGACUCCUGUUAGCAGUCCUGUUGCAUCCAAAGAUAGUCCUACGAGUUCUUUGUUAGACGUGCAAAAUGUGCCAAACACAGACAAAUUAGAAAUGAUAGUUUCUAAAUCUUACAAUAGUGACGAUUCUGUCACGAAUAAACAAACUUCACCGAAUUCUACCGUUCGAACUGUUUCACCUAAAAACAAAAUGACUAAUGGCAAUUCGAAAAAAGAAGUUAAUGUUGGUAUUAACGACAUAACUUCUGGUUUCUCGCAAUUGGGUAUUACUAAUAAUAGCCACCAUUCUCCUACCAAAUAUCCAAGAAAGGAUGAAUACUCUAUACAAUCUUGUUUGAACGAAUUUACGAUGUUAGAAUUAAUGUCCGGUAGCAACGAAGUAGGUUGCGAAAAAUGCACCGAAGCGGAAAAAAAGGUUAAACCAAAUUUUACUAAGAUGAUUCGAACAUCGCAUACCAAACAAUACCACAUAUCCUGUGUUCCACCAGUUUUAAUUUUACAAUUAAAACGAUUUCAAGCAUAUAGCGUUUCUUAUAGAAAAGUAGGUAGACGCGUCGCAUUUCCAAUGAUAUUUGAUUUAUCCCCUGUUUGUAAAAAUAGCAAGAAACCAAGAAUAUAUGCUCUCUACGGCGUUGUCGAACAUAACGGUUCAACGCUUGAUAAUGGACAUUACGUUGCAUAUGUGAAAACGAGAAUGCCGUUAAAACAAAAUGAUUCAAGAUGGUCAUUUUUACCUACAAGAGAUAGCAAAAAUGUUGAAGAAUUGUUCAAUGAUAAAAAUUCUGAAUCAGACGAAGCGACUGCCAAAAUUGCUGAAUCGAUAGAACCGCCACCAGGCAAAUGGUAUUACGUUUCUGAUGCACGGGUAACGGAAGUUGACGAAAACACUGUACACAGUUGUCAAGCUUACCUUUUAUUUUACGAAAGAAUUCUUUGAAAUUUGUUUAUUUAUUUAAUGAUUAGAACUUCGUUUAGAAGCUAAUAUUUGUAUGCACUUGGUAUAUAAUAUGUGUAUAUAUAUAUAUAUAUAUAUACAUAUAUAUAUUAUAUACAUUA